UCGAGAUAAUGAUGUAAAAAGGACCGAAGCGUCUUGUGCGUAACCAGGGUUAUCGUGGAGAUCCGGUGAAGGUGAAUCAGACACAGAAAGGGAGAGAGUCAGGAGAGAGUGGCUCUUAUUACGUGAGGCUCCUCCUCGUCUCUACACCUCAGCUGACAAGUGGAGCGAGCCUGCAACUUCACCACUGACACACAACUAAACUCGUGAAGGACAAACAGAGGAAGAAACUCUGAGACGUGCGUCAAGAGUUUCCCGAAGAGACCAUAGCCUGCAACGACGCGGAAUCCACGAGGCUAUGGACAGGAGGAUGAACUUGAACGUAAGCGGAGGGGACAUUUUUCACAAAACUCUGAGCGCCGUGUCCACUAAAAAAAUGGACCCUUUCAGAUCGUCGGCCGGCAUCGAACUACCAGCCAGAGACCGCCAGUCACCAAUCAGCUGCUUUGACCAGGCCGAGCCAGACCCGAUUCAACCGGGAGGACUGGCAGGAGGCAGAGGGGGGACGCUGGGUCUGCCGACGGGAUCUUUGUGCGUAAAGUACGGAGAGAGCGCCAACAGGACCUCGGCAGCGGAGAGCAGCGGAGGUGAGCAGAGUCCCGACGAUGACAGCGACGGCAGGUGUGACAUGGUCCUCCUCAGCGAUGGGCGGACGGUGAGCGCAGGGAAAGCUGAAGGAGGUAAGAAAACCAAAGAGCAGAAAAUACUGAGGCUAAACAUCAAUGCCAGAGAAAGACGACGGAUGCACGAUCUGAACGACGCGCUGGAUGAGCUCAGAGCGGUCAUCCCCUACGCGCACAGCCCGUCAGUGCGGAAACUCUCCAAAAUUGCCACUUUGCUGCUCGCCAAAAACUACAUCCUCAUGCAGUCACAGGCGCUGGAAGAGAUGAGGAGGCUAGUGAUGUAUCUCAACCAGGGCCAAGCCAUUUCUGCCGCUUCCAUACCGGCCACCACUGCCCUCGCAGCUCCCGGCUUGGGCGCGUAUGACCAACCGGGUGGAUACCCCUUCCCCACCGGAGUGGCCGGGUCCUCCUGCCCCGAUAAAUGUGCCCUGUUCAACAAUGCCACUUCCAGCCUCUGCAAACAGUGCACUGACAAGCCUUAACGCGCCUGACAAAGACUCCGAGAAGCACACGAGAAAGAAGAACCCACUUUUAAGGACACUUUUGGAGAGGAAAACCAGUGAAGUCAGUAGGCUAGAGACAAAAAAGGAAAAAAAAAGAAAAAGUAAUGGCGACGAAUACUUUUAUGAUAUUUACUAAAUGCAUUAAAACGCGCUUUUUUUUUGUUCAAACAUUACUUGAUUGUGAAUAUAAAUCAUCCUUAAAGUGCUGGUAUGAAUGACAGUGAAGACCAAACAGACGUACAGUAGGGCCUGUGAGAAUGGCUGCAAGUGUUGAUUUGAGUGAGUUGUUGAUCACUUGCUCUGUGAUGGACACUUUUGGAAAUUUGGGUGACCUGACAACUUGCGAUUCUUUCCACUUGAGUAGAUGGACAUCUUGUCGAAGCGGUAGUCCACACUCACUCUCUGCUGCUUUCUCAUUUAUUCACGGUUUUCUUUUCAUUCAAGUCUGAGACUUUUCCUCUUUUUUUUUUGGUUUAAGGCCUGCUUUCACGAAGUUUUUCUGCUGAGCAAGUGGAAUGCUAUGAGCAAGGAAAGUCAAACGAAACAGCGAGUUAAGAGGUUGAAUCAGUCAGAUGUUUAUGUGCUAAUUUUAGACACUUGUUAAUCGUUGCGCACGCCUAUUGCAAUUCUUUUUGGGGGGUGAGGGGGCACUGUCAUAUAAUAAACAUCCAGAUUUCUUUUUGUUAAAAUCCUGAAUUGAAGCUUAUCACGUGUUUCGAUGUGCUUUUGUAAUUUAUUCAUUUGAAUAUCUAUGAUGGAUAUUUUUUGCUUGCAUUGCACAUUGUCGUCUCUCUUUUUCUUGUAUUUUUGUUUUCUUUUGAAACAUGACGAUUGAGGUCUUCAGAUUAUUCGCGUUGUCAGGUCGGGCUGUGGAUUAUUGUAGAUACCUUAGUUAUUAUAAGAGCAGAGGAGGGCCGUUUGUAUGUAUUUCAGUGUUGAAAAGCUUUAUUAAAAUAUUUUGAACAACAGAAAAA